AGGAGUAGAAGGACCAUUCGAUCAUGGUAAUUGACUGCUGGGUUGCAAGAGCUUGUGUGGUUCUUCUUCAUCUGAGUUCAUGAGCUUGUGUGUAAAGAAGUGAGAAGGACGCCACAUGACCGCGAAGUCCGACACAGAGAGAGAACCCUCUUUGGGAGUACUGAUACCAGCAGGCGGAGAGCUAAAGGUGGCAUCCCAAAAGAAAUGCUGCUCCUUCAGGAUCUGAUUCCUUUCUUCUUCUGAUCCUUCUUCUUUGAAGGAACUUUCUUCUUCCGAUCUGUUAUCUCGGUAAGACCAGUGUCCGCAGCUCCUCCAGCAGUUACUGCAUCCAACAGGAACCUGCCAAGUGUGCAACCUAAGAGUGGGCUCAGCAUAUGCUGGUCUGUCUUCCAUGGAACCUCAAAGUGCCCCAAUUCCGCGUGCCGCAGAGGUGCUCGUCUCCACUUCCAAUUCAUGUAACAUGGCACAUUUUUCCUCCUUAUAGUUCGGGCAUUCAGCGAUGCCGGAGUGCCGAGCCGAAAGGAGGCUAUUUGGAGCCUAGAGCUUUUCCAAUUCACAAGCAUAACCGAGAAGUUGUGGUGUGUUCCAGCUCUGAGAAGCAUUGAGUCAUUGCAUCACCAUGAUGCUGGCUCUGUUUCUGCUCUUCUUUUGCCUUAUCUCAAGCACCAGUGGAGCGACUCGGAACGCCUCUUCGAGGCCCACUGUCGUGCACGUCGGAGCGAUUUUCACAUUCGACUCGACGAUUGGAAGAGUUGCAAAGGUGGCGAUUGAUGCCGCGGAGGACGAUGUCAACUCUGACCCGUCUGUUCUUCGGGGCACAAGGCUGGAGAUCAUAAUGAGAGAUACCAACUGCAGUGGGUUCUUGGGCAUGAUGGAAGCUUUGCAGUUUAUGGAGACUGAUACUGUUGCGAUAGUUGGGCCGCAGUGUACAACCAUCGCUCAUGUCAUUUCUCAUGUUUCCAAUGAGCUCCAUGUCCCUUUGCUGUCAUUUUCUGCAACAGACCCCACUCUGAAUGCGCUCGAGUAUCCCUAUUUUGUUCGGACCACGCAAAGUGAUCUGUUUCAAAUGGCUGCUAUAGCUGAAAUAGUAGACUACUAUCAAUGGAGCCAGGUGAUUGCUGUCUAUGUUGACGAUGACCAUGGUAGAAAUGGUGUGGCUGCCUUAGGUGAUAAACUGGCAGAGAGGCGUUGCAAGAUAUCAUAUAAAGCUCAAGUUUCACCUGGAGCCACGAGGAGUGACGUCACAGAUUUACUAGUCAAGGUUGCCUUGAUGGAGUCUCGUGUUAUUGUUGUACAUUCAAAUCAAGAAUAUGGUCCGAUGAUUCUUUCCAUAGCACAUUAUCUUGAAAUGAUGACCAAUGGGUAUGUUUGGAUCACUACAGAUUGGCUUUCAUCUCUGCUAGAUUCGAGAGGUCCCCUUGCUUCCAGUACAAUGGAGACAAUGCAAGGAGUUCUUACACUUCGUCAGCACACAGCUGAUUCAAAGAAGAAGAGAGACUUCAUUUCUAGGUGGAGAAACUUGAUCAGAAAUGAGAAUAUUGGAGACUUCCGACUUAACUCAUAUGGCUUAUAUGCUUAUGACACUGUGUGGAUGUUGGCUAAAGCACUAGAUGCCUUCUUUGAUGACGGUGGAAUAAUUUCAUUUUCUGAUGAUAAAAGCUUGCAUGAUGCACAGGGAGGGACUCUUCACCUUGAGGCGAUGAGUAUCUUUGAUGGAGGACAACUUCUGCUGGAUAAAGUCCGAAAGUCAAAUUUUUCAGGUAUAACCGGACUGCUUAGAUUUGAUUCUGAUGGGAAUCUUGUUCAUCCUGCAUUUGAUAUCAUAAAUGUAAUCGGAACUGGGUCGAGAACUGUUGGUUUUUGGUCCAAUUAUUCUGGGUUGUCGAUUGUGUCCCCUGAUACCCUUUAUUCAAAGCCGCUUAAUGUUUCCCCUGGGAGUAAUCGGCUCUACAGUGUCAUCUGGCCUGGAGAAACAACAACAAAACCUCGAGGAUGGGUCUUUCCUAAUAAUGGUAAGGAGCUUAAAAUCGGUGUCCCUGACAGAGUCAGCUAUAAGGAAUUUGUCUCAAAAUCGCCAACUACAGGCACUGUGAAGGGUUACUGCAUUGAUGUGUUUACUGCUGCUGUCAACUUACUGCCCUAUGCUGUUCCUUUUAAGCUGAUACCAUUUGGUAAUGGUCAUGCUAAUCCUAGCUACACUGAACUUACAAAUAUGGUUGCUACAGGGGCAUUUGAUGCUGCUGUCGGUGACAUUGCCAUUGUCACUAAUCGAACAAAGAUAGUUGAUUUCACACAGCCAUAUAUCGAGUCCGGGCUUGUUAUAGUAGCCCCUAUUAGAAAACACAAGUCAAAUGCUUGGGCAUUUCUGCAGCCUUUUACUCUGGAGAUGUGGUGUGUCACAGGCCUUUCCUUUCUUGUCAUAGGAGCUGCUGUAUGGAUCCUUGAGCACCGUAUCAAUGAUGAAUUUCGUGGUCCACCACGACAACAAAUAGUUACAGUUUUUUGGUUCAGCUUUUCAACUUUGUUUUUUGCACAUAGUGAGUACGAUUGUUCUCUUAGAUACCUCUUCCAGCCCAAGAUAGACAAUCAUAAAACUUGUCUUUUCUUUCUCUCAGGAGAGAAUACUGUGAGCACUCUAGGACGUGUGGUGCUGAUAAUAUGGCUUUUUGUGGUUCUGAUUAUCCAGUCUAGCUACACUGCAAGUUUGACAUCAAUUCUUACUGUGCAACAACUCUCAUCUCCUAUAAAAGGAAUUGACAGCUUAAUAGCUAGUGAUGAACUUAUUGGAUUUCAAGUAGGUUCAUUUGCUGAAAACUAUAUGGUUGAGGAGCUCACCAUUCCAAGAUCCAGACUUAAAGCUCUUGGAUCACCAGAAGAGUAUGCUGAAGCUCUUGAACUGGGGCCUGAGAAUGGGGGUGUUGCUGCCAUUGUAGACGAGCGUGCCUAUGUUGAGCUCUUCCUGUCAACUAAUUGCAAAUUUGCAAUUGUUGGGUCGGAAUUUACCAAAAGUGGCUGGGGUUUCGUCUUUCCGAGGGACUCUCCUUUAGCUGUUGACGUGUCAACCGCAAUACUGACUUUAUCCGAGAAUGGAGAUCUCCAGAGGAUCCAUGACAAAUGGUUCACAAGGGCUGCUUGCAUCUCUGAAACCGAUGAAAUCGACUCAGAACGGCUUCAUCUUAGCAGUUUCUGGGGCUUGUUUCUCAUAUGUGGAAUGUCGUGCUUCUUGGCUCUCCUCAUAUACUUCAUCGUCAUGAUACGCCAAUUUGUCCAGCUUCCUCCACCAGAUGACCAAGACCCUUCCAGCGACCAGCAAAUGCCUCGAUCUGGUCACAGGCUUCAGAAGUUCCUCUCCUUUGCUGAUGACAAGGUAGAAGAUGCCAAGAACAGAUCCAAGAGAGGACAGAUGGAGAAGCCAACCAACAAUGUCAAUGUUGACAUUGAAAGUUAUGAUUGAUUUAUGCUUACUACUCUGCAAGCUGAGAGUUUCAAAAUACUAUUACCAUACAAGUGUUGGCUCACAGUAUCAUACUUGUAACUAUGCAGAUCACAUUUCCCCUUGAUGAAGUUUUGCGUAUGAAAUAUCCAUUGUCCCAUUACCUUCCUACCCAUAGAAGAUGAUGAUAGGUCUAAUGUAACAUUGACAUGAGGAUGCAUGAGCUCUCAAGUGCAGACCUUCUAUUCAAUUGUCAAUAUCAGCUACAAUUUUUGCAUCA